UAAAUUAAAUUUUAAUUUAGAUAAAUGUUGAAUAGAAAAAAAAAUUUUAGAGCUCAUUACAGUAAUAAGAGCUCGUUUUCUAAUACAGAUGACAAAGGUCUAGAAAAAAGUAUUAACUAAGAUUUCAUAACUCCAAAAAAUGGUUUUGAAUAUCUAAAAUUUAAUAUGAAAAAACAUUAAAAUUAAAUUUAAAGUUUGGACAAUUCAUUUUAAUCAAUUUAACAAAAAAAUUUAAUACAAGAACUUCAUUAGAAUUUUUACAGCUCUAAUUAAGGUUAAUUUCAAUACAUCACUCCUCUGUUAAAAUAAAAUGGAAUAGAUCAACACUUUAAUCAAACCAACAAUAAUUAUUAAACUAAUUCCUCUAACUAAAUGAAUAGCUUAUAGCAAUAAAGUAAUGAAUAAAUUCAUUAAAAUGGUUUUGAUAGAGGUACUUUUCCUAUAAAUAAAUAUUUUUAAUUUUAAAAUAUAAGCUUUCCAUUUAUUAAUGGUUAAAGUAGUAGUGGUUUAUUAAAUUAGAUUAAUGAUUCAAAUUAUAUUAUUGAUAAAAGCUUUUCAUCACUUUAAUAAACCAAUAAUCAGGAUGUAAUUAAAAGAAAGCUCUCAAACUUUGAAGAAAUUACUCCAUAAAUGAUAGAAAAUGCUUACAGUAAUUCAAAUAACUUUGAUUCUGAUUUAAUAAAGUUUUAAAAUGAAUUUCCAAGUUUGAAUUAGAAUAGCCUUUACUUUGAUUAAAAUAUAAAUACUAAAUGCUUAAAUGACAUUCAUAAUAACUAAUUUUAAAAUAAAUUUUAAGAAUCAAAUUACUAAAAAGAUUAAAAAUUCUUCUUUAAUUUUCCUUCAUAAUUGUGCGAUAAUUAAUAUGAAAUUGACUAAAAAACCCUUGAUUUUUAAUAAAAUUAAAAUAAUUAUAUAUUUUUUAAAUAAAAAUAAGAUUAAUUAAAUUAGGCCUUAUUAGAUUAAUCAUAUAAUAAGAAUAAAGGCCUUUAUUUUUCAUAAAAUUUUAAUAAUAAUUUUAUUGGAGAAGAAAGUUUAUCAUAAAAAUCUGAUUAACUUGACUAAUUCAAUAAAGAUUAAUAGAAUUACUUCGAAACUGAUAACAUUUAGCAAGACUAAGAUAUAUCAUAAGUAAACUUUAUAAAUGAUUAAAUUGAGUGCAAAGUCAAUAGCUAACGUGAUAUAUUUCAAAUAAAUUAAGACUCACAAUAAUAAAAAAAUUUUAAUUGUUUUAUAGAGUAAGUAGGUUAUCCAAAUAAUUAAUUCAAUUAAAACUUUAAUGAAAUUAAAUAAAAUUUCUAAAAUAACUAAAUUUAUAAUUUAGAAAAUGAUGAUUAAGAUUAGUUAGAUGAAUUCUAAAACUAAAUUUAAUAAUAGUAAAACAACGAAGAAGUUUAAAAUUAAAAUAGAAUAAAACAUUAAUGCAUUAAUUAAAAUGAGUAGUUUUAAAUCAAUUAAAUAUCAAUUGAUUCAGUUAAACCCUCUUAAAACAAUCUUUUAUUUAAUUCAACUAAAUCUUAAAAGUCUUCUUCUAAAAAAUAAUCGCCUUACUAAAGCCUAUCAGAGAAUAAACUGAGCUUUUACAUAGAUUCUAUAAAAUCACAAUUUAAAGGAAAAUAAUUUUUCAACUCUCAGAAAAAUAAUAAUGAAAAGUAAAUUCAAGAUAGCAAUUUAAAAGAUAAUCAAAAUAAUUAAUUUGAUUAUUAAAAAGAAGAAGAAUAAACUGAGCCAAAAUAAAAUAUUUUUAUAAGUAAAAAAGAAUAGUUUUUCAGUGAAUAGUAAAAUAUUAUUAAACACAAAAAUAUUGAAAAAAAUAAGAUCUUAGUAUUUACUGAUAUAGCUCCAAAACCAGUAAAAGAUACAUCAAAUUAAUUUCAAUCUCAUAAAGAUCUAAAAAAGAAUCAUUUUUCUAUAGCUGAAGAAUAAGAAGAGUAUGAUGAUGAUGAUAAUGAUAAAAAUGAUGAUGGGGAAGAAGAACAAGAAUAAGAAGAAGAAGAAAGCAAAGUUUAGGAUAUUUUAAAUUAACGAGAUAAAUAAAAAAUGGAAGAAUUUGAUUCAAUUUAUAAUGAGUUUAAUAAUGGUCUUAAAUAAAAAUUGUCAGACUAAAUCAAGAUAAAUUAAUUAAACUAAACAAAUAUGUUUGGACAAAUUGAUAAUCAUAAUUAUAAAUAAUAAGCUGAGUUGUAAGAAAGUAUCUUUAGUAGUAAUAAAUACUAAAUAGAUAAAAGAUUAAACUCAAAUCAAAUGCAUAACUCAAAAGGCAUGUAAAAAAAUGAUACGAAAAUUAAUUCAAAUAAAACUCAACUCUAAUUAUUUUCAAAGUAAGUGAAAAAAAGAAAAGAAAUAAAUUAUUCUGAGGAUAAGUUAAUGUAAAAAUAAAUAACAGAACAAUCUGAAAUAUAUAGGUAACAUAUAGUUGCUAUUAUAGAAAAUCAUGCUAACUAAGUUGGAUUUGCUGCGUUCAAUGUUCAAACAGGUUAAAUUAGUAUUAGUCAAAUAGUUGAUAGAUUAACCUAUUUAAAUACAACAUCUACAAUUUUUGCUUUUUAUCCUCUUGAAAUUAUUUUUUCAAAUACUCAGUCAAGUAGCUAUUUAGUCAAAAUUUUGCAGCAACAACUACCUCUUACUAAAUUUACUUCUGUAAAAAGAAACUACUUUGAUGAAACCAAAGGAGAAUCUAUCCUCAAAAAAAAAAGCUCAAAUUUAAUUUAGAAAUUAGAUAAUCUUUAUGUUGCAUUAGCAUCUCUUAAUGCAUUAAUUAACCAUAUAGAGGUAACUCAAGAGCUUUAUCUUUUAAAAGAAUAACUUUAAAUUGGGUUUAUAUAGAUGGAUAGCAUUUUGGUUAUGGACCAUAAAACGGCUUUGGAUCUAGAAUUAUUAAUUUAACAGUUGAGUUAAAAUGAAAAAGGUAGUCUCAUUAGUCUAUUUAAAAUAUAGACAGUGGCAGGCAAGAGAUUGUUAAGAUCAAACUUAUUGUAGCCGUUAAACGACCUUAAAAGUUUGUAAGAUAGAUAAAGUGCUGUAUUUGAAUUUACAAUGAAUUAAGACUCUAUUGUAACAUUUUAGAAUAUUUUAAAGAAUUUUAAAGACUUUGAAACAUCAACUGUGAAAUUUAUUCAAAAGAUUAAAUAUUUAGAAACAAAUAGAAUAAGAUAAUAUUUAAUUCAUAUUUAUAAAAUAUUUACGUUUCUUAAAAAGCUCUCAUAGUUAUAAUUGCAACUCUAAAUAAUAGAUAUGUAAAACAGCUACAUAAAAGAAUUAAAAAACCUUUUAUGUGAUUAAUAACUUGAAUAGAUUAAAGAAUCAAUUAAAUAAAAUUUAGACUUAUCCUAUUUAGAAAAGAUUUAAAAUUAACAACAACAUAAGUCUCAUGAUCUUAUAUAUUUUAUUCUUAAAGCAGAAAAGGAUAAUUUGUUGGAAAUAGAAAGAACAAAAAUGGUGAGCAUUUAAAAAUAUGCAAAUGAUAUAUUUUGUGAAUAUUAAAAUAAGCUAAUAGGAUACGCUAGUUUGGAGCUAAAAGAGAAUGAAAAUAGAGGUUACUAUUUAAUAGCUAGAAAGGCAAAAAAAUAGAGUUAAAAUAUAAAUUAAAAAAAAAUAGAGGAGCUGAUAGAAGAUAAUCUAAUUGAGGUAAAUGAUAAUAAAAUAGGUAAAAGUUCUCAAAUAACUUUCGUGACUUAAAUAUUUGCAGAGCUAUCAAAUCGUAUAAAAGAAACAAAAUAUACUCUACUUUUAUAGACGCAAAAAAUAAUCAAAUAAAUUAUACCAAUAAUUCAAAAUUCAUUGGGUAUUCUUUUUUAAAUAAAUUCUUUAAUUGCUCAGAUAGAUGUUUGUAUAUGUUUUGCAGAUUUUUAUUAUUCAUUUUCUUCUGAAGAGACCCCUCUCUGCCUACCUAAACUGAUUAAUGAAGAGAUAAACUUAUUAGUACUUGAUGAAUUUUAUCAUCCUCUACUAGUUUAUAACAACAAAGACUAGUGGAGAAGAAAAAGUUCAAAUUAAAAUUAACAAGAUGAAAGUUUUGGACAUUCAAAUGUGUAUAUUUAAAAGAAUAGCAUUUGUAUAUCUGAUUUAAAUAAUCUUCAACUAUUUUUAGGUUAAUAAAAUUGUGGAAAAUCUAUAUUAAUAAAAAGUAUUGCGAUUAUUUAAAUAAUGGCACAAGUUGGGUGCUAUGUUCCUGCUAAAAAUGGAGUUAUCUCACUAAAAAAUUUGAUUCUCUCUAAAUUUUACACAACAGAUAGCAUCGAAGAGAAGUAAAGUUCAUUUACUUCUGAGCUUUAAUAACUCGACUUCAUCAUAAAAUCGAAGGCUUCUAAGGAUCAAUAAAGAGGUUGCCUAUCAGUUAAUUAAGCACUUUCUCUAUCAAAAUCAAAGGAUAAGACAAUAAUUCUAAUAGAUGAAUUUUGCAGUAGCAGUUAAUACGAAGAUAAUAUUUCAAUAAGUCUUGCAUUUUUAGAAGAAAUAUCAAUAUGCUUUCCUAAUAGUUUUUUGCUUUGUGCUUCAAAAUACUAUGAGCUAGUUCAAAUGACUUAAUUUUACAAUAACUUUUAGUACUUUUUCAUAAACUAAGACUAUCAACUUAAAGAAUUAAAUGAAAAUGAUCAAGAGAAUUAAAUGAUAGAUUUUAGCGAAGCAAAUAAAAUUCUGUAUGAAUGUUUAAAUCCUAUCCUCUUGAAGUACAUUAUUACUAACUAGUUUGAAAAUAGUUAAGCAAAUGAUAAUCAACUUCUAAAAACAGAUUAAUUGCAUGUUUAAAAUAAAACUCUAAACAAAAAAAUUAUCAAUGACAUUGUUAAACAAUUCGUGAGUAAGUAUUGA